ACCUCAGUCGCGCCGUCAGUUGAUCUUCGGCUUCCACUUUGCGAAGUUUGGCAUAUUGAAGUCUCAGUAGAUUUCGUUUCACAAAUUGUCUUCGAGCAUACGUAAACACUGAAACAACCAAUCGAAAAUAUAAUUGCACCAUACCGAUUCGUGUAUUGAUUUAUAAAGCUUAUUCGUACAAAUAAUAAGAAGUGUGCAGGGAAGCAACGAAAUGCGUAAAAUAGUUUUGUUGUUUGCGAUAGCCGCAUUGAUGGUGGCUGCUUUCGGCGUCGUACCAACAGCUGCGAAGAAGCAAAAAGAGGACCGCGGUGGCAUGACGUCCACUGACAAUAAAGGCAAUGACGUCAGUGACACUGUGGCGGAGGUGGCCAACGAAUACGACAGCCAACGGUUCCCAGUGAUGUACGCGGUGGACGAGUCCGCGGCGGCCACGCCCGAACCGGCGGCGACGGCCAAAACGCCGACGAAGCAGUCUUCGAGCAAGCAGCACAACGCUAAACUGUUGAACAGGUUGGGCAUGAAGAGGGUGCGGACCACCAGUGGCAGUGCCGGUGACAACAGCGGUGCCAACCAUCACCGGAAACGCUUGGCCAGCCAGUCGAGGAGCAAGUACGCCGCGGACGGCAAAGGCGGUUCGGAUUCGCAAAUGUUCAUCGUCAAGUUGCCACCACAUUCGCACUUUUACGACGACGGUUCGGCCGUCCACCAAAGGCUGGGCCAGCCGCACCAGCAGGUGCCUUACAAGAACUUGAACACAGUGCCCGUGGGAUUCAUGUCCAACGGCAAACCUGCCAAGGUGUACCACUGGAACCUGCCGACCAUCAAGCACGCGCUCAGCGGCGGACGUUACAAGGGCGUCAACGACAUGGUCACGAUGCAGCAACAGCAGCAGCAAAUGCAACAGCAGAUGCACCACAUGCAGCACGCCCAGGCCGGUGACUUCGAACUGCCGUCGUCGUCCAGUUCCAAAAUCUUGCCACGCCGUACGCUUUACUACAAGCCCCGAGGGGCCGGAAAACCGGUGAAAAAGUCGUUCGUCAACAACGGAAAGCCCAACGGAUUCUACGUGGUCAGCAGCAAGAACUCGGCCGCGGUCGUACCGCAGUACCACAAGAUCAUCAAGGCGUACUACGGUAGCGCCGACGAUUAAUAGGCGUACGCCAGCUAUACAGCAACUGUCGCCGACCACCCGUCGCCCAAAUCAUCGAUCGCUACGCGAGUUGGAGUGCGCACGCGGCCGUAACAAGUGUUCAACAAGUUACGUACACUGGACCGUUUCAAAAAAAAUUUAACUUGUAUUCUUUUUCAUGUUACGUUCUUAUAAAAUUUUUCUAGAAUGUUGUAUUUUGUAUAUAUCGCGAUUCGUGAAGUAGUUUAGUUUACAUAUUAUAUUAUAAUAAGUAGGUACUUAGUUAUUUUAUAUCCAAUCAAACAUCACUAUAUACAUUUUGUACAUACAUAGCGUAUAUUAACAGUAUUUUAUAACUCGUUUAAUUAUAUAUAUAAUGUAAUUGUAAUACAUCUAUAUGUAUAUUUUAUAUAUAUGUUACGCUCAAAUUAUCGUGUAUCAGACUGAACUAACAUAAUACGUUUUACGCCUUUUUUUUAUUUUGUAUUGUAAAUGCGUCAAUUCAUUAUAAUAAUAUGUA